ACCAAAUUAAGUCCCUCUCUCACAACUCCAACCCUGAUCAACAUGGUUGAUUGAAUCAUUGUUGUGAUUUUUUCUAAUCACCUCUCACUACUCAUGCAUUGACCUUAAUUGAUUUCUCUAAUUAAUUAUAAUAUUCUCUUCUAUACUUUGAUUAUUAAUUUGCUCUUUUGCCUCUUAAAUCCUCCAUCACCAUGUUCAACAAGGGAAGGAGGGGCUUGUUAGAGGGAGGAGAGGAACGGUACGGGUUGAUGUCUUUCGGGUCUUUCGGCACGAAAGACAUGUUUCCGGUCCGGCGGAAAAUUCGACAUUGGCAGAAGCAGUUCUGGCUCAGGCUAGGACGAAGACAUUUGUUCUGGGGGUUAAUGAUUAUGGUUUUCAUGUGUGUUGUUACCAAGUUUCUGUUGUUGAACAUGUUUUCUGAUGAGCUGGAUUUGGACCACAUGAUGCAUUCAAAUAAUGAGGUGGAAGAUCUCAAAUUACCCUCAGACAACAAGUUCUCGACUCUCGAAAUUUGGAAGCAACCCAACAGUGACAACUAUCACAAAUGCAUGAAUCGAGCUGGGAGUGCUACACGGAAAGGAAAUGCCACAAAUGGCUACAUUUUGGUUCAUGCCAAUGGAGGAUUAAAUCAGAUGAAAACUGGAAUAAGUGACAUGGUUGCUAUUGCAAAAAUUAUGAAUGCCACUUUGGUUUUACCUAAAUUAGAUCACCAUUCAUUUUGGACUGAUCCAAGUGAUUUCAAACAAAUUUUUAACUGGAGGAACUUCAUUGAGGUUUUAAAUGAUGAUGUACAAAUAGUGGAAUCUCUACCACCUCGAUUGGCAGCAAUUACCCCACUUAUGAAGGCUCCAGUUUCAUGGUCCAAGGCCAGUUACUACAGAGGGGAUAUGGUGCAUUUAUUGAGGAAACACAAAGUGAUCAAGUUUACACACACUGAUUCUCGGCUUGUCAAUAAUGGCCUAGCUGGUUCAAUUCAGAAAGUGCGUUGCCGUGCCAUGUAUGAGGGACUUAGGUUCUCAGUCCCAAUUGAAGAGCUUGGAAUGAAGCUAGUGAAUAGACUUAAAAGUGACAACACUCCUUAUAUUGCUCUGCAUUUAAGAUAUGAAAAGGAUAUGCUUGCUUUCACAGGCUGCAGCCACAACCUGACAAGAGACGAAGCCAUGGAGCUCAGAAAGAUGAGAUACCAUGUCAAACACUGGAAGGAGAAAGAGAUUGACAGCAAAUCGAGGCGCUUAAGGGGAAACUGCCCCAUGACACCAAGAGAGGUUGCUGUUUUCCUAGAAGCACUUGGCUACCCUCAUGAUACAAAAAUCUAUGUAGCUGCAGGGGAAAUUUAUGGCUUAGAUGGAAUGAAACCACUGCAAACCAAGUAUCCUAAUGUGCUCUCACACUCCACUUUAGCCACAAAAGAAGAGCUUCAACCCUUUGAGGGUCACCAGAAUCAACUUGCUGCUUUGGAUUACAUGAUUGCAGUGGAAAGUGAUGUUUUUGUUUACAGCUAUGAUGGGAACAUGGCCAAAGCAGCCAGGGGUCACAGAACAUUUGAAGGGUUCAGAAAAACCAUUUGCCCUGACAAGCAAAGGUUUGUGAGGCUGAUUGAUCAGUUGGACAAUGGUUUGAUUUCAUGGGAAGAUUUCUCAUCAAAGGUUAAGAGCAUCCAUGCAAACAAGAAUGGAGGUCCUCAUCCUAGAAAAGUGAAGCGCCACCCCAAAUUGGAAGAGUCCUUCUAUGCAAACCCACUUCCAGGUUGCCUUUGUGACAAGACACACGAGGGUUCAGAAUCAAGUCAUGAGUAGAGUCAUGACUUAUAGCAUGUUUGGAUCAACUUCCCUUAAUUCUGAAAGGCAGAAGCUUCUCCCAAUAAUUGAUUCUGAAUUAAGAAUCAUUUCUAGAAGGGUUUUCUAACAUGCACAAGCUAAUGGUGCUGAACCAUUUUAUGAAACAGAACUGUUUCGGAUGUGUGUAAAUAUGCAGGGUGAUUUCAGCUGCAGAAGCCAGUUGCUCAAUUGUUUCAAAUUGUAUAUUAGAAUAGAUAGAACAGGUUAAUUGGUAGUUUCUGACAUUAGCUAGUAUCAUAGUCAUGUUCUGAAAGUGUAAUUAAUUUUUUUAAUGUAAAUUUAAUGUUACAUUAACAAAGCUUUAGAAAUUACUAGUAGUUUAGUUGUAUAG